CGGCCGCUGACGACUGCCUUCUUGCGCGUUAACCCUUCAGUGAUGACCUUUCACCCGACAAGGAAAUGCACGUUCUUUAUCUUCCGUAUCAUGGGUUGUUUGUAUUUAUGUCUGUGUUACCCAUAUAAGUUAAUAGUGAAGACUUAAUUGACCCUUUUGAUCUUGAAUUCGUGUGAUGACUCCACAGAAAUCGACAUAGUCAUGCAUACAGUGCGUACUGUAUGUCUGAAUGGAGUUCGUCUGCAUCGGAUGGAGUGUAGUGUUUAGAGUACUACACAGGGGACAUCAUGGAGGGACAAUCUCCCAGAAUGCAGCUGGUGUCUGCUGAGGGUGGUCUGGAGCAGAGAAUACAGAUUGUGACUGCGUAUGACCAGUCCAACUCUGGCAAGCCACAGUAUAUCCUAGCCAACGUUGACAACUCCAACUUGGAGAAGCUCAUUUUGACCAAUUCGGAGGGGACCUCAGGAAAGGUCAUUCUGGCAUCAGCUGAUGCGGCAGCAGCUGUCAAUCACCUGCUCAUGGCUUCACCUGACCUGGCUGGACAGCAGAUCCAGUUUGUGACAGACAACUCCGAGCAGAAUUCCAAGCCUGUCGUGGAGUACUGUGUUGUGUGUGGAGACAAGGCCACAGGUCGUCAUUACGGCGCGGUGAGUUGUGAAGGCUGUAAGGGCUUCUUCAAGCGCAGCAUCAGGAAGAACCUGGUCUACUCGUGCAGGGGCAGCGGCGACUGCGUCAUCAACAAGCACCACCGCAACCGCUGCCAGUACUGCCGACUGCAGCGCUGCAUCUCCUUCGGCAUGAAGCAGGACUCGGUGCAGUGUGAAAGGAAGCCAGUGGAUGUGUCCAGGGAGAAACCUGCCAACUGUGCCGCCUCUACACAGAAGAUCUACAUCCGCAAGAACCUGUGCAGCCCCCUGGCAGCCCUGCCCACCUUUGAGUACGAAAAACAGAACAAAUCCUCCAGCUUACUGCUGAAUAUACAGCAGUCCAUGUCCAAACUGGACAACAACAUUCUCAUCUCUACCUCCCCAGACAGGAGUGACAGUUGCCAAGGAGAUCUGGGUACGCUGGCUAAUGUUGUGACAUCGUUGGCCCACCUCAAUGAGAGCAAAGAAAUGAGUGACGGUAACACUGACCAAUACGGAGUGGAGACCAUGAGUAAUGGGGAUGACUCAAUCGCAGACGAACACACCCAAUCAGACGAACACAACUCCAAUGACCUCAGCCGGGCGUUUGACACCCUGGCUAAAGUGCUGCGCUCAGAACAGCGUAGCGAGGAGAUGGGGGUCGAUUCCAACAUGGCGGGCGCGGAUGAGUCGGGCACCCUGCUGGACCUGCAGGGUCCACUCCUGUCUGACUGCCACAUCCCUUUCAAGCUAAUGAUGCCGCUCCCUGUGCCUGAGUUUCUGACUGUGAACUACAUCUGUGAGUCUGCGUCUCGUCUCCUCUUCCUGUCUAUGCACUGGGCACGCUCCAUACCAGCCUUCCAGGCCCUGGGCUCAGAGAAUGGCAUCAUGUUGAUGAAGGCGUGCUGGAAUGAGCUCUUUGCUCUGAGUCUGGCGCAGUGUUCCGACGUCAUGGACGUCUCCUCCGUCCUCACCACCAUCGUCCAGCACUUAGAGACCAACCUCAGUGAAGAAAAGCUUUCUGCGGAGCGUGUGAAGGAGGUGAUGGAGCACAUCUGGAGGCUUCAAGAAUUUUGCAACAGCAUGAACAAAGUGGAGCCGGACGCACAAGAGUACGCCUACCUCAAAGCCAUCACGCUCUUCAGCCCUGAUCACGCAGGUGUGGACUGCUUUGCUCACAUUGAGAGCUUCCAGGAGAAGGCCUAUAUGGAGCUACAGGACUACAUCACGAGGGAGUACCCAGAUGACACAUACCGGUUGUCAAGGUUGCUUCUGCGGCUGCCUGCGUUGCGUCUGAUGAGCGCGUGUGUGACUGAGGAGCUCUUCUUCACCGGCCUCAUCGGUAACGUUCAGAUCGACAGCAUCAUCCCCUAUAUCCUCAAGAUGGAGUCCACCGACUACAACAGCCAGCCAGUCGGCGUCAGCGAAUAAACCUGCCAACCCGCCAAUCAGGACGAGUGAAUUACCCUAGCCAACCAAUCAGGGUGGACAGGGAACCCCAGCUAGCCUAUAAGGCCAAGCGAUUAACUCCAGUCAAACAAUCUGGACAUGCUUUAGGGGUUUGCAGACGUAUAAAGCUUUGCGGAUUGAGAUCCCUACUCUGUGGUCUCCACAGAACAAGAUAAGCAUGUUUGAUGUUCCGUUCAGAAUGUUGUAUGGCUUAAGCUGGUUAAUACAAGUGUCCCAGAUCAACUUCAUUAAGAUGGACAGUUUUCAUCCCCCAAACAGAAAUGUACACCGGCAUGCACGUACAGGUGCAGAGUUCAAGGAAUGAUGAGACCUUACAAUACAGACGUGGAUUGUCUUUGUUAUACUUUUGUUUUCUUUGUUUCAUGUGGCAUUGUGGUCUUUGUAUAAUGGGAUGAGAAGAAGAAGCAUUUUCUGUAGGUUUUUCUCAUCAUGCUUUCAGUGGAGGCAUCAGUUUCUUGGCUGAUAAUUAGUUAUGUUAAUGUAUGGAUGGAGAUUAAUUAUUCUUUAUCCCUUUAUCUGUAAAACUGUGCUCUAUCAAUUGACAGUACUGUGUACUGUUGUGUAAAUAUUAUAUGUAUGUACAUAAAAGAAAUGUCAAAAGUG